CAGAUCAGAAGUUUGUAUGCAACUUCUACAGGAGGAUUCACGUUGUGUAAAACAGCUUCACUUCCGCAUUAACUGUGGUCGUGCAACUGCUCAUCACCGCAAUGAGGCUCGUAGUGGCAGUUAGUAGCCGGUCUUUAACAUGUUUAUCGCAGAUUUUUUCUCCAGUUACCCAACUUAAAGGCUUCAAAACACACACAGUCUACCGGUACGCAUGUCAUGUAACCCCACGGACUCUUUCAGCGUGUACCACAGGUACCACGCUCUUGAGAACACACCAACCGAUUUCACCCUUGACGUGCAGAACGUCAGGAUGUGUGCUUCCAAACACAAGAACAUUCGCUUCGAUGCCUCCACCGCCCUCAUCUGGUGGCAAGAAGUCUGGUGACAAGAAGACUGGUCCAGUGACGUGGAAAUCCUUAGCAGUAACAUUUGCUAUUGGUGGAACUCUGCUUGCUGUAAUGAAAAUGUUCAAGAAGGAAAAAGAAGAGUCAAUUGAGCGAGAAAGGACAAGGUCUAUGGGGAAGCCAGCUCUUGGAGGUCCGUUUUCCCUCAUUGAUCACAACAACAAGCCAUGCAAGAGUGAAGAUUUUCUUGGCCAGUGGGUCCUCCUCUAUUUCGGCUUCACUCAUUGUCCAGACAUUUGCCCAGAUGAAAUCGAGAAAAUGAUUGAAGUUGUGGAUGAAAUAGACAGCAUAAAGUCUCUUCCUGACCUGACACCACUCCUCGUCACAAUCGAUCCUGACAGAGAUACUUCAGAGGCUAUGUCGGUGUAUGUGAAAGAAUUUUCUCCAAAGCUGAUUGGUCUAACAGGGACGACUGCACAAGUUGAACAGGUUUCUCGAGCCUAUAGAGUGUACUACAGCCAGGGACCAAAAGAUGAAGAUAAUGAUUACAUAGUUGAUCACACAAUUAUCAUGUACUUGGUUGGCCCUGAUGGAGACUUUGUGGAGUAUUUUGGACAGAACAAGAAGAGCGCGGAGAUCUCCUCUUCCAUUGCAUCACACAUGCGAAAGUAUCGACAGAAAAAGUAGGACGACCCUGGGCUGUCCUGCUGGGUGAUGGCUCAAAAAAAUGCACUGCUUAUGGACACAGUCUCUCUGUGCUUCGAUCAGACUGGAGCUUCCUGCAGGACUUCUUUUCUGAUCUCUGGGAAUGUUUUUUUUCUUGCUUUGUUUUUUUAUGAGAUGAAAUAUUUAUGAGUGAUACUUUAUAUUUGUGUAUUCCCAAGGAAAUCAUCAAUCAACCACACAAUCAGAGCUAAACAAAUAUAUUCUAUAUAUUCUGUCGAUUCAAGAAAUCAACUUUUUGAUUGUUGAGUAUAUCAUCAUCUGCUUUUGUUCAGCAUUCAACAAAAAUAAAAUGUUUUUGUUCCAGGUUAAAAAAAAA